GGUGGUAGACAAGGUUGGCAUUGAACAGCAGCGAAGAGGAGACGCAGGGGGCAGUCAUUCCGGUGGGGCAAAGCUUACCCUGUCUGGGGUGUUGCAGUCUACGUGGCUGUUUCAACUGCCAUUGUAACUGCCAUUGUAGUGUGUGUGUGCGCCAUGCUCGUCACGGUGAAUCCUAAAGAGGCUACUGAGCCACCAGGCCUCCUUGCUCUCUCGCGAUGGCCAACAGAAUUGGUUUCCAAGGUGUAUGGGACGCAGGAAAGCCUUUCUAAGGCAGGCAGAAUGCACGUGUUUCCGUACCAAAUGGACCCUCAAGAGUGGGCCUUGAGCUCUGAGAAGAAUCUUGGCCCGACGGUGGCUCGACUUGCUUAUAACUCAGGACUGAAGCCAUGCGGCUCAGGAGAUGCUCUAUCAGGGCCUUAUCAUCAGAGUGGGCACGCCGCUCGGCCCUCGAUGCCGAAGCGCCUUUCGUCGUCGUCAUCAAGCAGACGACCCUCCGACCGCUAUCGUGUGAGCCGCCCUAGCUAUUCCUGGCGGCCCAGUCUUCAGAGUCGACCAAGCUAUCACUCAAGGCCAAGCUACAGUCCGCGCCCAAGCUACAAAUCGCGACCCAGCUACCAAUCGCGACCGAGCUCUCGGAAUUGUCCUUCCCUAACCAGAUACGAAGAAUACUUCGAGCCGCAGUAUGUACCGGAGCUGUAUGAGGCCCGCGGGUGCGUCUAAGACACUUGAAAAUAAGAGGGAGAUGGAGUUCGUUCCAUAAGCCUCUCGUACGUGCCGCUUGCUUGUAUCCUGCGCUCUUGGGUUCGCCUGUCACACUCUCCCAACAAUGUCACCGUUGCUUUUACCUUGGCUGGAUGGGAAGUAUG